AUGGUGAAGCUCGGAGUCGCCCCGAGUCCUGAUAGCCUCUCCUUGACCGACAUCAGCUGCCUGUCGGAGAUCUCCGGAAGGCAAAGGAGAAGCAAGCGAAGGAUGUCGGAGCAGAAAAAGUCCCAGAGUUUGGAGGAGCCGGUCGGCGAGGGAGCCAGGAACCCUCCCCUUUCGCGAUCCAAGACUUACGAUCCGUCUUACUCCAAAGAGGCCGAGAAAGAAACGUUGGCCUCUGCGCACCACGGGAACUCGGACUCCAAUCUGGUGAAACACGCUCUCAACUUUCGGAGGGUGUUCAAGGACUUCCCUGAGGAGGAAGAGCUCUUGCAGACGUUUUCGUGCGCCUGGCAGCGGGAAGUCCCUUACCACGGCCGCCUGUAUAUCUCCGCAAGUCACGUCUGCUUCUACUGCAGCAUGGUACAUCGUGAAGUUAAGGUCAUCAUCCCAGUUCCAACCAUCAGCGUCCUCAAAAAGGCGAACACAGCCUUGCUGGUACCAAACGCCGUCUGCAUCCGGACGUCGGACGGCGAAAAGUUCCUGUUUGGGUCCCUCCGCUCCCGGGAAAGCCUUUACCAGCUCCUGCGCUCCAUCUGCAAACACCUCCAGGACGGAAGCCGGAACAACAGCCCAACUACGCCCCACAAAAUUUCGGACCAGCUGCUUAAGAUAUCCCUGACCCCAAGGGAGCUGGACGGCAGCCGGACGCCGCCCCUCGACGAAACACUCCCGGAAUUGCCUGACGGGGCAGAUAGGACACGGAGCCCCCCGACAGCAGCUAUCGAACCGCACCAGGCAGCAGCAAACAGAGGAGGGGUACGGUCUACAAAGUCCUGGCGAAGCUGGAAGGCUCACCUCAGCCCGCUCAACACUGUCAUCCUCAUCUAUCUCUGCUUGGUCGUGAUCCUGCUCCUUUCCUCGGGAUACAUCGGCCUGCGCAUCGUGCAACUGGAAGAACAGCUGACGUCCAUGGGAGCGUGGCCCGAUAUAGACCUGCAGCAUCACCAGUAUAAGACAACUUGAGCACCUUGUGAAAAGAUAUCCAGCCCAUCUGCAGCUGGU